ACCAACUACAUAUAUAUAUCCAAGGCAAUGACAUCUACAUUAUGGCCACUCCUUCUACUCACGAUCACAUAUUCUCUCUUCUUUAGCAACACGCUAGCAACUGACGCUAAUGAGCUCAAGACAUACAUUGUGUACAUGGGUGACGUUCCAAAGGGCAGUCUAUCCGCUACGACGUCGCGGCAUACAAACAUGCUACAAGAAGUUCUUGGAAGUCGUGCAUCAAAAUCCUUACUUAGGAGCUACAAGAGGAGCUUUAACGGCUUUGUUGCCAAGCUAACAGAACAUGAAAGAAACCGAAUAGCUGGAAUGGAGGGUGUAGUGUCAGUAUUCCCAAGUCAAACCAAGCAACCGCUAACAACAAGAUCAUGGGACUUCAUGGGCUUCCCUCAAGAUGUCAAGAGAGCUCCCCUUGAAAGCGACGUCAUCGUUGGCAUGUUAGACACCGGUGUCUGGCCCGAAUCUGACAGUUUCAAGGAUGACGGAUUUGGGCCUCCACCAGCCAAAUGGAAGGGUUCAUGCGAUUCCAAAAAUUUCACAUGCAACAAUAAACUCAUUGGAGCAAAAUACUACAACAGCGAGGCGAGAGCAGAGGAUGAGCUAUCAGCAAGAGACACUGAAGGUCAUGGCACACACACUGCAUCCACCGCAGCUGGACGUGCAGUGCCUAACACUAGUUUAUUAGGUCUAGCUAACGGGACCGCUAGAGGGGGUGUGCCAUCAGCACGUAUAGCUGUGUACAAGAUCUGCUUUCCAGGGGGUUGUUCAGAUGCGGAUAUCUUGGCAGCUUUCGACGAUGCAAUUGCUGAUGGAGUUGAUAUCAUUUCCCUUUCAGUUGGCGGUUCUUUCCCUUUAGAUUAUUUUGAGGAUUCUAUUGCUAUUGGAGCUUUUCAUUCCAUGAAGAAUGGGAUUCUUACAUCCAAUGCCGCUGGAAACAGCGGUCCAGGACUUGGAUCGAUUACUAAUCUUUCACCUUGGUCAUUGUCGGUUGCUGCAAGCAGCAUUGACAGGAAAUUCUUAACCCAAAUCGUGUUGGGUAACAAUAUGACUUACGAGGGACCUGCCAUAAACACAUUUGAUGGUGCGGUUCAUCCCAUUGUUUAUGGUGCAUCAGUGCCUAAUACAAAGCAAGGAUUUACAUCAGAUGAAUCUAGAUACUGCGAACAAGAUUCCUUGGACCCGACUGCAGUAAAAAAUAAAAUCGUGGUGUGCGAGGAUUUAGAUGGACCACAGAACGCGUUACUAUCUGGUGCAAGUGGUGUAGUGAUUGAUGGUGAUUUGGGAUAUGAAGAUUUCGCCUUUUCUUGGCCCUUACCAACAACGUAUUUGAGCAGCAAAGAUGGCAAAGGAGUUCUAGCAUACAUAAACUCAACUACAACACCGAGUGCAAGCAUCCUAAAGAGUAUAGAACCUGUAGACAAAACAGCUCCGGUUGUCGUUUCCUUUUCAUCAAGGGGCCCUAGCCUAAUCACACUAGACCUUCUCAAGCCUGACUUGACCGCACCUGGAGUAGAUAUUCUAGCCGCAUGGUCUCAGGAUACAACUGUCACCGGAGAUGAAGGAGACACCCGUGUUGUCCCUUACAAUAUAAUUUCUGGAACUUCCAUGUCUUGCCCUCAUGCCUCGGGUGCGGCUGCCUAUGUUAAAUCAUUCCACCCGACUUGGUCCCCUGCUGCCAUUAAGUCUGCCCUUAUGACUACAGCUGCACCAAUGAGUUCAACCAAAAAUACUGACGCAGAAUUUGCAUAUGGUUCGGGCCAUAUUGACCCCUUAAAGGCUGUUGACCCUGGUUUGGUCUAUGACGCUGGUGAAGCAGAUUUUGUGUCAUUUUUAUGCGGCCAAGGUUACAACGCUACAACUUUGAAAAUUGUCACGGGUGAUGCAAGUGCUUGCUCUGCAGCCAAUAAUGCAACCGUUUGGGACCUAAACUAUCCUUCAUUUGCUCUUUCUACUCCAAAAUCGGGAAGUAUUGUACGGACCUUUAACAGGACGGUUACUAACGUGGGUGCAGCACAGUCCACUUACCAAGCUACGGUCAACACACCAUCAGGGCUCGAAGUGAAGAUUAACCCAAAUAGUCUAGCGUUCAAUGCUGUUGGAGAGAAGCAAUCUUUUGUAGUGACAGUUAGUGCAACAGUUGGUUCAAAUAUGCUUUCGGGUUCGUUGGUUUGGAGCGAUGGAGUUCACAAUGUUACAAGCCCGAUUGUUGCAUUCACUACUUCUUAGAAUGUAUUUCAUUUCAUCUGUUUUUUUUCGGUCAAAUAAUUAGUCCCGGUUGACAUUGGGUCAACUGUGUGUCAUUCUUUCUCAUUUAUAGAAUCUUGACAAUUUACAGAAUCUUGACAAUUUGACAUAAUAUUGUCAAAUUAAU